GGGAUAGGCGUACGACCGAAAUAACCUGAACUCAUCUAACCUUGAUUAAUUGAGGACAAAGCCACUACAAGUGCAAAAACGCCUGAGGAUUUUCAUUCUACUUUUUAUGAACAUGGCUGAAAUACGCACCACGUUCUUCUGGUUCGUGCUUGUCAGUAUUACUCUUCUCGGUCGUGCUCAAGGAUUUUCUUCCUAUACCUUCAAAGACUAUUCUUUGAAAAUCCAGUCGUAUGUUAAGAUGUUGACCGUAGACUGGCUUGAGUGUAUUUUAGCAUGCAGUCAUGAUUCCCUUUGCUUGUCGUAUACAUACCAGUACCACAAACCCGUAUCGGGUAUAUGUGAACUCUAUGAAUGUGGUAUGGAUCACUGUUUAACACCAGGAAAAACUUUGGUCUUCACUCGAGGAUAUGUAUUCCAGCAAAUCAAACCAAUUAAAAACCAGUCAAGAUGCAUUAAAGACAUCGAUGAAUGUGCUAGUACUCCGUGCCAGAAUGGAGGGAAUUGUACAGGCAAAGAAAAUGGCUUUAUGUGUGAGUGCCCGAAUGGAUACACUGGAAACAGAUGCGAAGAUAAACAUGAAGGAACGUGCACUCCCAAUCCCUGUCAAAAUGGAGGAACUUGUAAUUCUAGCAAUGGAGUUUUCUGGUGUUCUUGCAACCCCAACCACUAUGGGUACACCUGCCAGAGUGUCAAAGUAGAGUAGCACGAACCUUACAUAAGAAGCGUCAGUUAACAGAGUUCAUGGUAUCCCUGUACGUGUCGUUGUAUGUGUGAUAAGGUGUUGUAGCUGGAGGCCGUGGUGGUACGUAAUGGAUCAUUAGGGAACGGAACACUGAUGCAUCUCUCCCCAACUCCACAAUGUAUCACGAACAUGUCGUCAAUGUAAAAACGAUAUAUAAAAAUA